AUGAGUAUUAAUCAAAUACGCGCGCGUCUGGAUGAAAUACUUCACUUUAUGCAGCCACAUUGGGAGUUUGUCAAUUGCCAUAUGGUUAGUUAUUUGACGGAAAAGCACUGGCAAAAGUACGUGCCGGCUGAACUGAAGCUUGAAGUGCCAGAUGUGGAGAGUGUGCAAAGCUGUAUUGAAUCAGUGUUUUGGAAUAGUGAAGUUGACAAAGAAGUUGACGUUGGAAGAUUUGUUGGCUUUAAGCGAUUUUUGGCCAGAUGUGAGCAACAACGUUUAGAUAAAUGCCACGAUGUGCUAACGCCAAUAGAAGUGUUAAACAAAACGCUUGAUUUGGACAAGAAUGUGGAGCAAAACCUGUCAAUUAAAGAGUUUAUGAGUAAAAAGAAAAGGCAUGAGGUUGAGAUCACUGCCGCAUUAGUUAAUCGCCUAAUUCAGAGUGUCUCAAAGCACAACAAUAAACAGGAUGUUUUUGUAGUCGAUGCUGGUGAUGGCAAAGGCUAUCUAUCAUCACGCCUGGCUUUGCAAUAUGGACACCGUGUCUUGGGAAUCGACGCUCAAGAAUUGAAUACCGAAAAUGCUUUGGAACGAAAUCGAAAACUCCAGCGCGUUUGGAAUGGUUUGGUAAAGCGUGCAGAGUUAGAACAACAAGGUGUGACGCCUAAACGUCGCGGCAACAAAGCGGCAGCAGAAAUGGAUCUACCAACGCAAACUGUUGAAAAGCCAACCGAGCAGGAAACGCUCUACAAAACGGCAGCUGCGUUUAUUACACCCGAUAUAAAUAUAACACAGCUCCUGCAACAUCAAUUUCCUGAGGCCAAUGACGCAUCCUCCUUUUGCUUGACUGGAUUGCACACCUGCGGCAAUUUAGCUGCCACUUGCCUACGCGUUUUCAAUGAAAAGCCACAGUGCAAACUGAUUUGCAAUAUUGGCUGCUGUUAUCACCUGCUGCAAGAAGAAUAUGCAAUGCCCGAAUAUUUUGCUAAUGAAACUAUAUCCGCGCUUCAAACUGCGCCUGGUUUCCCGAUGAGUAAAUUUCUACGUGACAAACGCAUAGCGCUCGGUCGCAACGCGCGCAUGUUGGCCACACAAUCUCUAGAACGCGUCACCGAUGAACGCAGUGCCAUGAAUAUUUCACUAUUUUAUCGCGCACUCUUAGAAGUAUUGAUUUGCGAAAAUGCCAGUGAUCUAAAGCAAAAGGUACAAGUAGGCAAAAUACGAAAGUUUACAAACUUUAGCAAUUACAUUGAGUUUUGCUAUAAAAAAAUCGCUCCACACAAUGCCAACUUGCAAUGGCGUGCCGAAGUAGUUGAUGGCGUGCGGCAGCAAUAUGCCGCAGAUGAGCAUUACAUGCAUUUAUUUUAUUUGCUGCGCAUGUGCUUUGCGCAAGUGCUGGAAACUCUAAUAUUAUUGGAUCGGUUGUUAUACCUUAAAGAGUUGGGCCACGAAAAGAGUUACCUGGUAGCGGUAUUUGAUGCAGUAAUAUCGCCGCGCCGUUUCGGCAUUAUCGCUUUGAAGAGUGCUGAUAGAUGAUAUGCACAUGCAUGAGUAUGUGCGCAUGUAUAUAUUUAAAUACAUAUGUGCAUAUGCAAAUACGGAUUGUUGUAAAAAUGUAAGCCUUUAAUAGUCGCAUGUCAAAAACGAUUAGUGGUUAAAUGUACUCCGGGGUGAAAUUAUACACUCAUAUUUCUGUGUCUAUUUUUUUAAUUUAAUAAAUCUACACAAGUAAAUUUGAAAGACGUUAAUAAAGUCAAAUGUCUAAUUAUAUACACCAUUGCGACUUGUAUACCUGUGUGUACUUGUAUUAAAUUGUAUUGUAUUUUAACGCUAGCGUAAAUAAAGGGCUCGUUGUAGCGGACAUUUAAAUAUCA